AUGCGUCUACUCUUGACUUCUCUCGCUAUCCAUCUUAUCUAUUCCCAGGCCUUAGAUAUAAUUCGCAAUAAUGGCGUCUUGCAAAUCGUGAACAAAGAACUGUCUCCCGAUGGUUUUUCCCGCCCCACUGUUUUAGCUGGUACAAGUGCUGGUUCCGCAACCUUUCCUGGUCCUCUCAUCCAGGGUAAUAAGGGGGACACAUUUAAUAUCGAUGUUGUCGACUCUCUCACUGAUACAACCAUGAAUCGAACAACGAGCAUCCAUUGGCAUGGACUGUUCCAGGAACACACGAACUGGGCCGAUGGGCCAAGUUUUGUCACCCAAUGCCCCAUAGCGCCCGGAAACUCUUUCCUGUACAGAUUUGCUGUACCUGACCAAGCAGGAACCUACUGGUAUCACUCCCAUCUUGGAGUACAAUAUUGUGACGGUCUUCGCGGUCCAUUCGUCGUCUAUGACCCGCAUGAUCCCCAAGCGUACAUGUAUGAUGUUGACGAUGAAAAUACUGUGAUAACCUUGGCAGACUGGUACCAUCCCAAGGCUUUCCAGGUGCUUGCUCAUGGUGCCGCGGUGUCUAACGCCACUUUGAUCAACGGGCAAGGGCGCUAUCCCGGUGGCCCAGAUGCAUCGCUUGCUGUAGUCAACGUUCAGGCUGGCAAGCGUUAUAGAUUUCGGCUAAUCUCCAUGUCUUGCGACCCCAAUUACUUGUUCAGUAUUGACGGCCACAACUUGACGGUCAUUGAAAGUGACGGUGUCAGUACCACACCGGUCACAGUAAAUCAGAUCCAGAUUUAUGCCGCGCAAAGAUAUUCCUUUGUUUUGACCGCUAAUCAACCAGUCGGAAAUUAUUGGAUACGGGCUUCUCCCAAUACUCAGCUUGCAGGCACCCCAGCAAAUGACCCGUUUGCAAAUGGUAUCAACUCUGCUAUCCUGAGAUAUAAUGGUGCUCCCAAUGCCGAUCCCGUAACCAUCGCACCAUCAUCAUCGGGGGUAAUUGGUAUCACAGAAAGCCUAAUGCACCCGCUCCAGAAUCCUGGUGCCCCGGGGAGCCCGUACCCAGGCGGUGCUCACGUUAUCAAUAUGACCUUAGGUUUCAAUGCCGGAGCGUUCACAAUCAACAAUUAUUCCUUUGUGUCUCCCAGCGUGCCGGUCCUCCUUCAAAUCCUGAGCGGAACACAGCAAGCACAGAACCUUCUUCCGGAAGGUAGUGUUUUCGGACUUCAAAAGAACGAAGUCUAUGAGAUAAAUAUAAAUGGUGGAACUGCACCCGGAGGACCACAUCCCUUCCAUUUGCACGGGCACAAUUUCGACGUUAUCAAAAGCUUCGACAGUUCGGAAUAUAACUUUAAAAACCCUGUCCGUCGAGAUACGACUCCUGUGGCUGCGGGAGAGACGACAACAAUUCGCUUUGUAACCGACAAUCCUGGGCCAUGGUUCUUGCAUUGUCAUAUUGACUUCCAUCUUGCUGCUGGCCUCGCAGUUGUCAUGGCUGAAGACGUGCCUGAUGUCAAGUCCAACAAUCCAGUUCCGUUGGAGUGGGACGCACUCUGUCCUAUUUAUGAUAAUCUCAAGCCCGACCAGCUUUGA